CCCCCCCACUCCAGUCCUGCCUUUAAAUAGAGCUCCAGUCCAGUUCUUCGUCCUCGGUGAUCACUUCUCCGCUGCUCGUCUUCAAGCUCUCCUCCACCCGACACCAAGCCCCCUCUUCGUCAUGGAGCGUACCUUCAUCGCCGUGAAGCCCGAUGGCGUCCAGCGAGGCCUCUGCGGGGACAUCAUGAAGCGCUUCGAGCAGCGAGGCUUCCGGCUGGUGGCGGCCAAGUUCAUCCAGGCCUCUGAGGACCACAUGAAGAACCACUACCUGGACCUGAAGGACAUGCCCUUCUACGGGGGACUCUGCAAGUACAUGUCCUCUGGACCCGUCUUCGCCAUGGUGUGGGAGGGGCAGGGCAUCGUGAAGCUGGCCAGGCUGAUGAUGGGCGAGACCAACCCCGCCGACUCCCAACCCGGCAGCAUCCGCGGGGACCUGUGUGUGAGCAUCGGCAGGAACAUCAUCCACGGCAGCGACACGCUGGAGAACGCCAAGCGUGAGAUCGGCCUGUGGUUCAAGGCCGAGGAGUUCGUGGCCUACGCCCCGUGCGCCCAGGCCUUCCUGUACGAGUAGACCAAUCAGCAGCCAGCAACCCACUGACCACGCCCACUCCACCUGAGCAAUAAAUCUGAUGUCAACCACA